AUGGCGACAAUGGAGAGCUUGAUAGGGUUGGUUAACAGAAUACAAAGAGCAUGCACUUCACUCGGUGAUUAUGGCGGCGGUAACAACGCUCUCUCUUCUCUCUGGGAAGCUCUUCCUUCCGUCGCAGUCGUCGGUGGCCAGAGUUCUGGAAAGUCUUCUGUCCUAGAGAGCAUUGUCGGAAGAGAUUUUCUCCCUAGAGGAUCUGGUAUUGUUACGAGGAGGCCUUUGUUGUUACAGCUACAUAAGACGGAACAUGGAACAGAAGAAUACGCUGAGUUUCUACACCUUCCCAAUAAGAGAUUCACUAACUUCUCUUUGGUUCGUAAGGAGAUUCAAGAUGAGACUGAUAAAAUGACUGGGAAGAAAAAACAGAUUUCUCCAGUUCCUAUUCACCUCAGCAUCUUCUCUCCCAAUGUUGUGGAUCUUACUCUCAUUGACUUACCUGGUUUGACUAAAGUUGCUGUUGAAGGACAGCCAGAAACUAUUGCUGAAGAUAUUGAGUCCAUGGUUCGCUCAUACGUCGCAAAGCCAAACUGUCUUAUACUAGCAAUAUCUCCUGCUAACCAAGACAUAGCCACAUCGGAUGCUAUCAAGCUCGCCAAAGAAGUGGAUCCAAUAGGUGAUAGAACGUUUGGAGUUUUGACAAAGUUAGACUUGAUGGACAAUGGAACUAAUGCAUUGGAUGUUAUCGAAGGAAGAUCAUACAGGAUGCAGUACCCUUGGGUUGGGAUAGUGAACCGUUCACAAGCAGAUAUUAACAAGAAUGUUGACAUGAUGGUUGCAAGAAGGAAAGAGCGAGAAUAUUUUGAAACAAGUCCUGACUAUGGUCACUUAGCCAAUGAAAUGGGUUCAGAAUACCUUGCAAAGAUCCUCUCUAAGCUCUUGGAAUCUGUUAUAAGGGCACGUAUUCCAAACAUCAUAGCCUUGAUAAACAGAAGCAUCGAGGAACUUGAAAGAGAGCUAGAUCAAUUGGGAAGGCCUAUCGCCAUUGAUGCUGGAGCUAAACUAUACAACAUCUUGGGAAUGUGUCGUGCAUUUGAAAAGAUAUUCAAAGAACAUUUAGAUGGCGGGCGUCCUGGAGGUGCACGUAUAUAUGGAAUCUUCGACUACCAACUUCCAGGAGCCAUUAGAAAGCUUCCUUUUGAUCGUCAUCUUUCAUUGGAAAAUGUUAAGAGGAUUGUCUCACAAUCUGAUGGCUAUCAACCUCAUUUGAUAGCUCCAGAAAUGGGUUAUCGUCGUCUCAUUGAAGGAUCCCUUCAUCUUUUUAAAGGUCCAGCUGAAGCUUCUGUGAAUGCUGUUCACAGCAUCUUAAAAGAGCUUGUAAGCAAAUCAAUAGCAGAAACUGAGGAACUUAAACGGUUUCCUUCACUACAAACUGAGCUAGCUGCUGCAGCAAGCUCAUCUCUACAGAAGUUCCGUGAAGAAAGCAUGACGUCGGUUCUUAGAUUAGUUGACAUGGAAGCCUCAUAUCUAACUGUCGAAUUCUUUCGUAACCUUCAUGUAAUGGAGACACAAGGAAGCCAAACGGCAUCUCUUUCUUCACCAGCAACAGUAGAACAGAACAGUGAAAGACAAUUCAGAAAGAUAGCUUCAAAUGUUGCUGGUUACAUAAAAAUGGUUGCUGGUACACUCGUUAACACCAUUCCUAAGGCCGUUGUUCAUUGCCAAGUCAGACAGGCUAAACUCGCCUUGCUCAAUUACUUCUACACACAGAUCAGUCAGAGGCAGGGGGAACAUUUGGGGCAGUUGCUAGAUGAGAACCCAGAGUUGAUGGAAAGGAGGCUACAAUGUUCAAAGAGGCUCGAGCUAUACAAGAAGGCUAGAGAUGAGAUUGAUGCAGCAGUUUGGCUCGGAUGA